UAAUUUUAAAAAAUUAAUUUAGGCUACAAUCUGUCUAGAUUACUCUAUAUCUAGAUCCAGAACUAGUCUAGAUCUAGAGAUCUAAUAAAUAAAUCUAUUCUUGGAAUAAUCUUUGUGUAGAUUGUAGAACCUCUGUUGCCAUGGAUGUACAAAACUUGAAACCAGACAGAAAUGGAUUAUAUUCAGUGUGUGUCCCUAUUGAUUACUUCCCUCAACAAGACAAAAAGAUGAUUGAAAAUAUAUUUAGUAAAGCAGGUUUGGUGAAAAGGACAAAUUUUAGCCAAAAAUACUUAUUUGUUAGAUAUGGAAAAAAAGAGGAAGUGGUCAAUGCUGUAAAUAUGUUUGGUAAACGAUAUCAUGCGGAGUUGGCAAAUGCAUCCAAGAAAGAAAUAGAGUACAUGAUGAAUGCUAAUAAUGAUACUGCAAGACCCAAUGACCUGCUUAUUGAACAACAAGAUUCCUCACUGGAUACAAAUACUUUUUAUAAUGGCCAGAAAACAAAUCAAAACAGAGGCAGCGACAGAGUCAAUGGUAAUAAAGUAAACGGUAGAAAUCUGGAGAGGAACACCAUGAUACCCGACAACUGUUUUGUCCCGCAUGUGAAAACUACAGCUUCAGAUAAACCUGUCACACUCUACAUCUCUAACAUUGAAUCUGAGAUGGAGUUCAGAGAGCUGAUCAAGCCUUACCAGCCAGAAUCUGUGAAUGUCAUCAAAAAACAGCCCAAGAAAAUCUUUGCCUAUGUUGAAAUGAGCAGUGAUUCAGCCGCCAAGAAAGUUAUUGAGGAUUUGAAUCACAAAGAACAGAGAGAGAAAACAUUGUUAGUUGACUAUAAAAAAAACAGUGGCCACAGAGAAGACUCCAGUCCUAGAAUGGAAAAUUUAGCAGCUAAACAAGUUCUGGAAAUGCCACAGCUUGAAGUGGAUUACUCGGAUAUUCCGGCGCUGAUCCAUGCAUCCACAAUAAAACAAGACAUCGAUGAGCUGAAUUUUCGCAUUUUUGUUGCUAAUUUUCCUUCGCAUUCUCUAGAGAGUACGCUCCGCAAGGCAUUUGCUGAGUACCACGUACGUGACAUCUGUUUGCAAAACAAUGUGGCUGCAAAUGGCUGCACAAAGGCUCUCCUCUACCUUGCCACAAUAUAUGAUGUACUGGCAGCUGUCAAGGAUAUGAAUGGAUCUUGUAUUCUUGGGAUGCCACUGAAGGUGGCUGUUCCAUACAGAGACCAACUUCUUCAAAAGAUUGUGGGAAAAGUCAAAUAUUGAUUGGACUCAGUUGUUGAUGUCACUCCAUUGGGAAUCUGCUUCACAAUUUUUUACUGAGGUUUUUUAUUCAAAGAUGAUUGUAAUUGUAAAAAAAAGAAUUCCUUUGACCACUGUAGUUUACUUAGAGUAGACUCAUGGUUUUAAUGGCUCUCAGAAUUUCUUUAGUGGUGCCAUAAUUCUACGGCUCUCAUAUUGUCCUUAUGAAAUGAUGGAGCCAUAGUUUGAUGGCUUUCAAAUUGUUCUUAUGAAGUGGUGUAGCUAUAAUUCUAUGGCUCUCACAUUAUCCUUAUGAAGUGGUGUAGCUAUAAUUCUAUGGCUCUCAUAUUGUCCUUAUGAAAUGGGAAGUCAUGAUUUGAUGGCUCUCACAUUGUCCUUAUCAAAUAACCGCUCCACCACUUCUUAGAUUGUCUUAAUAUAUAAAUCUAAAGUUUUAGUGCCACUGCCAUUGAAGUUACUAGUUGUGGCUAAACCUUAUUGAAGUUAAUCUGAAUUUGACAAUGUUGGUUAAACCUUAAUGAAGUUAAUCUGAAUUUGACAAUGUUGGUCAAUCCUUAUAGAAAAGUAUCUGAAUUUGACUAUGUUGGUUAAACCUUAAUGAAGUUAAUCUGAAUUUGACAAUGUUGGUCAAUCCUUUUAAAAAUGUAUCUAAAUUUGACAAUGUUGGUCAAUCCUUUUAAAAAUGUAUCUGAAUUUGACAAUGUUGGUCAAUCCUUUUAACCAUUAAUCUCCCAUAGCAUCUCCAAGUUUACCAACCAUAGAGUCCCAGCGUAAGGGGAAUAACUCUAAAUGAUUAAAUGACUAAUUUUACAGCAAUCAAUUAAACUCAUUUCAGUAAAUAACUAAUUAAAUUUUUAAAAAUCUUAUAUUGUAGAGAAAUGAAUGCUCUAAAAACUGAUACCAAAUAUGUCAGUAUUUAACAUAUAGGUAUUUGCAAAAAAAAAUAAAAAAUGUCGGAGAAAAUUCAAAACAGGUCAUUUUCCGUAGUCAACUUUAUUUAUUUUUGUCUAAACAACUAUGCAUCGAAUUUAACAGUUAAAUAUCAAUUUGGUUAUGUUUAAGAUAUAUAAUUCAUAAAAUACAUGCCUAGAUACGUUUAGAGGCAUUAUUUUAUUUUAUUUUUAAUAUUAAAUCUACUAAAAAUAGGACAGAUGAGUCUAAAAUUUUGAGAUAGAAAGAAACUAUUAUUUUUUUAUCUUUCAAAAGCGCCAUUGAAAUUAGAAGACCGGAAACGGAUGCUGAAACUAUCCGACUUCCUGUUUAGUUAAAAAUUAGGAUUUGUAGGCCAAAUUUUAAUGAAACAAAUUUAAUUUUUCUAUGCGUAUUGUAAGCGGGCGGCAGCGGGCGUUACGGGACAUUAACGGUGUCGGGCGGCAGCGGGCGUUACGGGACAUUAAUGGUUAAAAAUGAAUCUGAAUUUGACAAUGUUGGUCAAUCCUUAUAAAAAUGUAUCUGAAUUUGACAAUGUUGGUCAAUCCUUAUAGAAAUGUAUCUGAAUUUGACAAUGUUGGUCAAUCCUUUUAAAAAUGUAUCUGAAUUUGACAAUGUUGGUCAAUCCUUAUAAAAAUGUAUCUGAAUUUGACAAUGUUGGUCAAUCCUUAUAAAAAUGUAUCUGAAUUUGACAAUGUUGGUCAAUCCUUAGAAAUGUAUCUGAAUUUGACAAUGUUGGUCAAUCCUUAUAGAAAUGUAUCUGAAUUUGACAAUGUUGGUCAAUCCUUAUAGAAAUGUAUUUGAAUUUGACAAUGUUGGUCAAUCCUUAUAGAAAUGUAUCUGAAUUUGACAUGUUGGUCAAUCCUUAUAGAAAUGUAUCUGAAUUUGACAUGUUGGUCAAUCCUUAUAGAAAUGUAUCUGAAUUUGACAAUGUUGGUCAAUCCUUAUAGAAAUGUAUCUGAAUUGAAGAAUGUCAAACCCUAGAGUGCACCUGUUCCUCACUGUUUUACUUAGUGUCAACUGUUGUUUCUUGUCUCAAAUGGUCAUCUUAAUUAGUUCUUACAUGGUUACUAGUUCUUGGACAUUAUUAAAAAAAAUGGCAAUGAUAGUUCCAAUUUAUGAGCUAGCCACAUGAUGUGAAUGUAAGAAGUAUAGCUCUAAGGGUUUGGGGUGAAGCUACACAUCCCAGUACUGUUCCUUAUUUUCACUCAGAAUAUUCAUGUAGGGCAUCCACUAAAGUAAAAACUACUGCGCCUGGCCGUCACGGUUACAUCUAUGCCUAAUGUAUGUAGAGAGGAUAAAACUGAGAGCCCCCCCCCCCCCCUUUCAUCCUUGUUCAUGAACACAUGGUUAUCCUUUUCAUAGAUUCACUCAUGAUAAGGCAUUAACUUCAGCAUCGUAAAUUAUAUUUCUAUGGUCACAACAAUAAUAUCAUCUGAAUAUACAGAAGGGUUUUCUCUGGACUCAUUUUGUUAACAUGUGGUCCUAGAUCCCUUGCACAAAUUACCUGUUUCCUUGGCUCAUGACCCUUAAACCUUUUCCCUUGGGUCAUGGCCCUUAAACCUUUUCCCUUGGGUUAUGACCCUUAAACCUUUUCCCUUGGGUCAUGGCCCUUAAACCUUUUUCCUUCCGCUCUUGGCCCAUAAACCUUUGGUUUUGCAGCAUUCUGGAAUAACUUAGGCAUAUAUGUAUUUCUUUUAUUUACACAUUUUAAAUAGCAUGAAAUUACAAUCCCUUUGCUUUGUGUUGAGUAAAUGUACUCCAGAUAUUCCUUAACAACAGCAACUAGCAAAAACAUUUUAUAUUGUUGAAUACAAUUUUAAAUUUUGCACAAAUAUUGACCAGUAAACUAUGAUUCUUUGCUUAUUGUGACUAUAAGCUUACCCCACAACAACCUAAAGAUAUAACAUACCUAUUCUAUAGAAUGGUCUUUUUUUAAACUAAUCACACCUCUGAAGUUGACAUCCAUAAAUGAUGUCCACUUGGGAGUGGGUGUCCUAUUUAAUGUUUGUAUUUUUUUAAAAUAUUAACUUUGUUUUAAAAAUUGCAUCAGAAAUUGGUCAGUAUACUCAUUGCUUACCUUGGUUAGUUAGAAAGAUAUUGUGAUAUCACAAAAAGAAAAUACUAUUUGGAGGGGGUGAAGAGUCCUGACUUUUAUACCUCUGGCCACGUAGAAGUAGAAUCUAAAUUCUUUCCCAAGAGAAUUGCUUGCUGGUGAAGUUGGGUGCUGAAUAUAUGCAGUUACUUUUUUCUGGGUAGAAUCAGUAGUCCUUAUUAGGCAACUAUAUGGUUAAGCUAGUCAAAAAAACUGUUCAGGCAUUGUAUCACUAAAUAGAAAUUGAAUUAGUCAAAACAAAAAGAUUACGCUAAAGAUAACUAUUAUCCUUUAAGUUAAUUUAUAUAUAUAUAUAUAUAUAUGAGUUACAACGAAACUAAAUUAUGUAUUGUCAAUGAACAGUUUAAAAAUGUCAAGAAUAGCAAUAAAUAAAGAUAAGAUUUGUAAGAUAAGCUUGGUCCAUCCAAGGCCGCAGCUAGUUUUAACACCUUAAUGGCCUCAAUUUCUUAGUGAUCAAUAUCACACCUACAUUUUUAUCACCUGUCUUGCAAUAUGUGCAGAUCUAUUCCUCUCCACAAAAUCCAAAUAUGAGAUACAGAGAUUGCUUUACAAAACACACUGAGGGUAGAAAUUUGGUGGCUUCCUUGAACUGUAACAUGAGGAACCAUUGUUCAUAGGUGUUUAUAAACUCUUGUAUGAUAGUUUCUGAUUUUAAAAAUUUCUAGGGUCUACCAAAUAGCCCUUAUAACCUUUCUUGUGGCUCAUGGCCCUUAAACCUUUCUUGUGGCUCAUGGCCCUUAAAACCAUGGCCCAUGACCUAACGGACUUGUCCCUUUUUUAAACAGGGAUUGUUCUUGUUUUGCCUUUUUAAAAGCCCAAGUUUUUAAAUUGAGUUAUCACAACAGUUGAAGUGUUUGCAGCCUGUAGACAAGCACAUCUGAGCUCAGUUUUGUGUUUGACCAACUAUGCACCUGAGAGCUGCCAGCUAACAAGUGACCUUGAGCAGCAGUAGGAUUCCAAACUUGAAUCUUUGCUUUUGUUUCAACUAGUUUGCUGUGGCGCUCUCACCAGACACAAAUCAUCCUUGUCAUUUUUUAUCUUGUGUGUAUGUCCCUCUUGUUGAGCAGUCAACAGUUUGUAGAUAGCAAUUAAAUCCUAGUUUGUUAUGGAGUUUAAAUGCACACACUUAACUAACCAACUGAAUCAGGAUUUUAUGUUUGGCUGUCUAGACUAACCAACUGAAUCAGGAUUUUAUGUUUGGCUGUCUAGACUAAAACUCAAUCAGGAUUUUAUGUUUGGCUGUCUAGACUAACCAACUGAAUCAUGAUUUUAUGUUUGGCUGUCUAGACUAACCAACUGAAUCAGGAUUUUAUGUUUGGCUGUCUAGACUAACCAACUGAAUCAGGAUUUUAUGUUUGGCUGUCUAGACUAACCAACUGAAUCAUGAUUUUAUGUUUGGCUGUCUAGACUAACCAACUGAAUCAGGAUUUUAUGUUUGGCUGUCUAGACUAACCAACUGAAUCAGGAUUUUAUGUUUGGCUGUCUAUUCUGUGAUCAGGUUCUUGCCAUUUUUACAUUUAUUCUGGCUAGUUCAGAUUGUCAUGAUUGUCUUUCUAGACUAGAAAAAAAAGGCAACCAUUUUUGCAGUGUUAGACUCUGAAGAAUACAACUCUUGUUUAAAAAUUUGUGUUGUAUGGACAGGUAGUAACCAUGCUUGUCUUAGCAUCAAUCAGUUUGGGGAUUACACCUCCUACUGGCUUUUUCUUCCUGUCUUUAUUUUUUUAUUUCUUAAUUGUAACACUGAUUAUUUGGGUGUAAAUAUUUCAGUAAAUUAACAUAAAAAUUAAGUUCUGCUGCAUUAGUUUGUUGUUCUAAAUCUUAUAUUUUAUGUGAGGGUAAUAUUAAACUUUAUCAAAUUUUCAUCUUGUUUUUAUUUUGUUGUAAACAUUGUAUUUUUUUACACCUCAAACAUGUGUUCUCAAAAAAUAAAUUGCACACAUUGCAUGAAGGUCUUGGAUAAAAUCUAAUGAAAGACUACCAGUAACAGUUCAUACAUAUAUGUAUUAUUUAAGUGCUACAGAAUAAUAGGUCAUAAUUAUAAAAAGGUACUUUUAAUGGAACUGAGCUAACAUGGAUCUUUUUUUGGUUGCUCAAAGUUUAAUGAAAUUAAUUUUUUUGCCACUCAUUCUUCAUUCAACUUUUAAUAUUAAAUACAGAAAAUGAUAGAAUUACAAGUUACCCAUGCAUGCAACAAAUUAUAUUUUUUUGGUGACUUCAGGGGUGGGGAUGGAUGUCAUAAAUAGAUGACUAACAAUGCUGUCAUG